ACUUAUGUGAAAUCUAGAGUCAAUAGAAUGGUUAAAUGCACAUUAUUAUUAUUAUUAUUUUUUUGUUUCAUUUAUUCAAUUUGAUACAUGGGCAGAUCGUCUUAUUUAUACACAAAUGCCCUUUAUAUUUAGACCUAAGCUUGAUAAUGAGUCAUAUAAUAGCUUAAUUAAUGCCAUAUAAUUAUUUCAGUUGCACCCAUCUAUUUAUGGCCUGUGAAUUUAUAAUCAAGCAAUUAAAAAUGAUAUUUUUAGUAGCUCACAACAGAGUUUCCCGGAACCUGACAUCACAAUUAGUCAUACAAGGGGCGGGGCAACAUGCGCUCUCGGGGAGGAAGGCCGGAUGACUGAAGCGCGAGGGGCGGGGCCUAGCGGCUCAGGGUAUUCCCUUCUGUACUUCACCCGAACCCUUACAGACCAGCGCACAGCAGAAGUCUGAGUGACAGAAUAUGGAGUUCGUUGUAAAAUAAUACAUCGUAAACAGAGGUGACAGUCUUUUAGUAAUGGUCUACAUUACUGGGAUACAGUCGGACGCUCUGGGUGUCAAACCCACGUCCCUGGAUGAGCUGUUUGAGUCCAGCACUUGGAGAAUUAAAAACAUUUGGGAUGGGGUGAAGCUGGAGAUCGCGGCCGGAGAUGGAUGUCCGGUCGUCUUAAAUAGUUUUACGCAUUUGGACCCUGAUCUGCCUAUGCUGGAGAGCUCAGUUCAGGAGAUCGGAGAAGAGGUAGAGGACGGAGCCAUCUAUACCAUCACGCUCCGAAAGGUUCAGCUCCACCAGACGGCCAGUAAGGGGCAGCGAUGGCUGGGCGUGGAGACAGACUCCGCCCUCAGUUUGUACGAGACCUGCAAGGGUCGGACCAUUAAGGCUGGCACGCUGGAGAAACUGGUGGAGUACAUGGUUUCGGCUUUCAAAGGGAAGGACUAUACAUAUGUCACUAUUUUCCUCUGCACUUACCGAGCUUUCGCCACCACCAAACAAGUGCUGGACCUGCUGCUUAACAGGUAUGCCAAACUGCACGAUCAGCCAGUCUCAGGCAAGCCAAAACUCUCCUCAGAGGACCACACGGAACUUAAAAAUACUGUCUCAUCUAUCCUGGGUGCAUGGCUGGAUCAGUAUUCUGAGGAUUUCUGGAACCCUCCAGACCACGGAUGCCUGCAGAGCCUCAUAUCCUACUUGCAACUUAACUUCUCUGGAUCAGACUUGGAGAGACGAGCCCAUAACCUGCUGGAACACUUCCAGCAUCGGCAGCAGUCAGAGGUUGAGCUUGAAGGUGAUCUAUGUACCUGCCCCUUUGCCACACCAGAGGAGAGCAGCUUGGAGGAUGAAUUCUCACCCUCACACUUCAUGUCCUUCAGUCCUGCCCUAGUCGCUGAGCAGUUAACAGUCAUGGAUGCGGAGCUGUUUAAGAGGGUUGUUCCCUACCAUUGUUUGGGCGGCAUAUGGUCCCAGCGGGAUAAGAAGGGCAAAGAGCACCUGGCACCCACCAUCCGUGCCACUGUUGCUCAGUUCAACAGCGUGACCAACUGUGUGAUUGCAACCUGCUUGGAUAACAGGUCUCUCAGACCCUUUCAAAGAGCGAAGCGCAUUGAACACUGGAUAGAAGUGGCUAGGAAAUGUCGUAUCCUGAAGAGCUUCUCCUCUCUAAAAGCCAUCCUGUCCGCCUUGCAGAGUAAUGCCAUCCACAGACUGAGGAGGACCUGGGAUGAUGUGUCCCGGGAAAGCUAUCGCACUUUCCAAGAGCUGUCUGAAAUCUUCUCAGAUGACAAUAAUUACUCCCUCAGCAGAGAGCUUCUCAUUAAGGAAGGCACCUCCAAAUCUGCCAUCGUCGAGAUUAACCACAAAGGAACCCAGAGAAGACACCAGCAACAAAGAGACAUGGGUGUCGUGCAAGGAACUAUUCCAUAUCUUGGCACUUUUCUGACCGACCUAGUUAUGUUGGAUACUGCAAUGAAAGACCAACUUGAGGUUGGGCUGAUCAACUUUGAGAAGAGAAGAAAGGAAUUUGAAGUGAUCGCUCAGAUCAAGUUGUUGCAGCUGACCUGCAAUUAUUACAACUUCACCAGAAACCAGCGCUUUACUGACUGGUUCAAGAGAGUGGAGAAACUUACAGAGACUGAGAGCUACUCUAUGUCCUGUGAUAUCGAGCCGCCUUCUGAGUCAGUGUGCAAGAAGAACGGGGGCAUCAUUAAACGCAUGAGCGAGGAGUCGGGUUACAGCAGCGCAGGGACGUCCCACUCAAAGUCCUUUGAGCAACCACGAUUAAGCCAGUUCAAAGACAGCUUCAAAGAUGGAGCAGAUUCCCUCAGCCUCACCUCAGUGGGAUCCAGCGGCUCAGACGCAGAGGAGACGAGUCUCAGUCUGCUGAACUCCCCAGAAUCAGGGAAUCAGAGAGCAUCCACACCAACUGUGAAACAUUCUACAUCAACUUCAGAUACAGGGGAGCUUACGUCUGAUUCCUCUUCCAAGCUCUGGGAGUCGUCCACCCCUUCAUCUUUGGAGGCUUCUGUAUCAGGCUUGGCUUUGGAGUCUGGCUGCAGCAGCUCCACCUCAUCUUCUUCUUCCUCUUCCUCAUCCUCAGUGUCCUCCUCCUCUGGGCAGGCCUUCCACUUCCACAAACGGUCGGUCUCUGGUGUCUCUGACUACUCGUCUCUCUCCCUGCCGCUGUACAACCAGCAGGUGAACGACUGCUGCAUCAUCAGAGUCAGCCUUGACACGGACAACGGCAACAUGUACAAGAGUAUCCUGGUCACUAGCCAGGACAAAACCCCUGGUGUCAUUAGGAAAGCCAUGGCCAAGCACAACCUGGACAAUGACAAGUCAGAAGACUAUGAACUAUUACAGAGGGUCUCAAAACAUAAAGAACUCAGAAUCCCAGAUAAUGGAAACGUUUUCUACGCCAUGAACUCAACUGCCAACUACGACUUCUUGCUGAGGAAGCGCGGUGCCCCCAAAACCUGCCGCUCGAAGAGCUCCCCGAGCCUGACUCUACCACGCAUGAAGCAGAAGGGGUUCAAAAUACCCAAGGGCUUCUUCUGAAAGCCUGAAACUGUUGGAUAUUAUCAAGAGUCACUUUAUUAACCCCCCACAGUAUUAUCUGGAUCUUUUAUCCAAUGGACUUGUUGCGUUAUUGAGCUGCUUGUUUCUUACAGGAAGCUAUCCCUGUGUUUCCUGUCCCUACAGACUAUGCUACAGGCACAAGAGGAACACUGUGGUUCUUACAAGGUUUGCCUUAAGACUGCACAUGAGAGCCACACUAUGUGUGAGAAGCAUUUACCAAAUGCAGUCAUUCAUGCAUGAGCACACUAAACAAAACAUUUCGAGCACUUUAGAACGGUCCUUAAAGCAAGAGAUUUGUGGAGAGCUGAUGUGGUCCUUGGUCCUUUUCAAAUUCAGAAUGGGUUUUCUUGAAACAGGCUCUCCCUUCGGACUCCAUAGCAAAAUUUGCUAUCACAGUCUCUCAGAAAUUAGGACUGCUCAUGGUAUGACUACAGUAUUACAUGUACAGUACAAACUAUGUAAAGUGUAUAGUUUUUUCUUUGCUUUUUGCUCUUUUACAUAACAGUUUUGACUGUUGCUGCUGCCAGUUUAGCUCGUCUGUUUUCCCAGAGCUGAUUACAGCCCGAAAUUAACCUUUCAGGCAAUAUUCCCAUCACUCGAGACUGAAGGAUUCUCUAUUGACUGCCAAGUGACUUGGUUGCCUUCAUGAGGAGGGUAUCACAUAGUCACAACUGAGCAUGAGGAGAUGACAGAUUUGAGGUGCAGGAUUCACGAUGUCAUUUAUGGUUAUUUAAUAAUAACCAUACAUAAUAUUAUUAAUGCUUAAUGCAUAUAGAAUGCAAAUGUUGUCAUCCAUGUCUAUAUAUCAAUGCCAAAGCCGUUCUCUUUUAUUUGCAGCUGGCCUCUCUCUGUGUUUCACAUAAUAGAAAGCUGUAACUUUACAGAAAGGCUUUUUUUGUACCAAACACUGUGAGUGGCUUCACCCUGCUAAGCCUUUUUUGCAUUGUGAACAAUAUCCGUGAGUGCUUUCUUACCAUGUGGUCUCGUAUGAUGAGCAGAAAAUGUGAGGGGAUUUUGUUCCCAUCGGGAGAGAUUUUCAGAUGUGUUUACUCAGCCAGAGGUGAAUGUUAGUGUGAGUGUGUGCAUUUUGAGAGGAAUUUAUAUUGUAAUAUGAUGAAAGAAGUUCACCAAGUGUUUCUGCUACUAUGCCAACUAUAUAACUGGAACAAAAGAUAGAUUGUGCUUAAUAUAUGAUUUAUGAAAAGAUCAAAAUGCAUGGAGAACAUAUAUGCCAAUAGUGUGAAUUCCACUGUUAUAAAUAUCUCCUUGUCAAACAUGCUGUUAGGAAGCUACGAACAUGAAGUAAAAUGUUACUGCCUGCGGCUUGUCACUCAACACAUGUGCCAUAUCCAGACUUGAUUUUGUAUUUGGUUUUGUCCCCUUUUUUACCCUCUUUGUAUGUCUAAAUCAUUGUAUGUCAAAGUUUGAAUGUUGAAUUCCAGUUUGUGCUUUUGCCCCAUUUUUAUUUAUUUAUAUGUUUAUAAUUGUUUUAUUUAUAAUUUUACUGUUGUGAAGAUAAAUUAAUAAAUGCACAUUUGUAUGUACAAUAAAGCACUACAUUUUUUUAAGAACUUACAAAUAAAUGUGGGGCCGCUGAGACCCCAGUACUUGAA